UGGGGACGAAAUUAGGGGAGCUAAUGGCUAGAACGUCUACUCUUAGAUCAUGGUACCUAGUGUGUGUCUAGUGGUCUUCUGUGGACUAUGAACUAAACUUCCUCAAUUUGUUGUUGGUUUGAUAAAAUGAAUUUUUCGUGUAGUUUUCUCAAGCCAUUUGAUUACUGUAGAUAUAAAGUAAUUGUUCGUUAUAAAAAAAUACCACGACCUACGUCAUUUAUUGUGGAAAGGAAACGUUCAAAAUCGGAAGAUAUGAAUGACACACCACCUACAUUUUUUGGCUACUCGUUAUUGGCUAUACCCAUUCUUACUUUUUGCCUUGGCACAUGGCAGGUUCGAAGGCGCAAAUGGAAGUUCAGCUUGAUGGAAGAAGUGAACAGCAAAUUCUACCUGGAGCCCAGUGAUCUACCUACUGAUCUAAUUAAGCUGAAGGAUAUGGAAUACGUUCCUAUUAAGGUAAAAGGAAGAUAUUUGCAUGAAAAGGAAUUCACGGUUGGUCCCAGAAGUUUGAUAUCGGACAAUAUGGAAUUAAAUGAGAAAAACAAGUCCAUAAUUUCAAGCUCAGCCGGGAGAGGAUACAAUGUGAUUUGUCCCUUUAAAUUGGAAGAUAAAGACCUAACAAUUUUAGUAAAUCGUGGUUGGGUACCAGGACAAUAUAGAGAUGCUACAAAAAGGUUAUUGGGUCAGAUUGAAGGCGUCCACGAAAUUACUGGAGUUAUACGAUUAAGUGAAAAACGGCCUACGUUUGUACCUAAAAAUAAACCAAAGGAAAAUAUCUGGUAUUAUCGAAAUGUUGAGGAAAUGGCUGAGCUAACAGAUGCUCAUCCAAUAUUUAUUGAUCUGGCUGCUAGUAGUAGAAAACCAGGAACUCCAAUAAGUGGACAAACGAAAGUAUCCUUAAGAAACGAACAUUUCAGCUAUAUACUAACUUGGUACAGUUUGUCAAUAAUGACAGGAUAUCUUUGGUAUAGACAAUUCAUACAGAAAUUACCUUUACUUUAAGUAAAUAAAGCGAAUCUGAAUAAAAACGUGCAUAAAUUGUUUUUUUUUUU